UUUGGCUUAAAUUCUUUUGUAGUGACACAUAUCGUGAUGUUCAGCGUAUGCAAAUGGUGGACUAGGUUCAUAUUUCAAUCUGCAUUAAUGGCUUAAAAAGUUAGAGUGAUGUUAAAAAUGGUUUGCUAUCCCAAGUUCCCAUGUUUUUCAUGAUGGUUUUAUUAUUUCAGAAUAUCUAUGGACAAAAAUUAUGUGUUAUUGUUUUUCACCGUCUAUGCUAGCCAUCUUCUGCUUCCAAUGAAAAUUAAUGACAGACUUGCAAUUAUUUAGAAAACGAUGAUGCAACGAUUGGAAACGUGUUACCCAAGUAAUUUAUUGUUUUCGUAGUUCGUACCAUGAAAAAACUGCCCGCUGACUUAAAAAUAUAUGGUUUAAUUUUUAUUGUGCAGCGACACAAUCAAUCAUGUUGAUGCUGUAUAAGUCUGGCAUGGACAUGAUUAUUGAUCGUCCUGUUUUGGUGCGUGUAGCUGGGACUAUCCUUCACGAAUGAGGUUUAGCUUUUUGGAGUAAAAUGAGUGAUUUGUCCAAAACGGUAACUUUACGCUUUACGGUGGCCCAUAAGUGCAAACACGCAUACAAAAUCACGCACAUGCAUACAAAAGAAAAUACUCGCACGCUAAGGUCCAAAUAUUCAAAGUUCUUUUUAAGUUGUUUGUAGUAAAAUGGAUGAAAAAAUUAGACACUAUAUCUUAAAAUAGUACAUUAAUGACACGAUUGUACAGUUUUUUGUGAAGUAUCAUUAUAUGAAAAUCUCCAGAACACUUUUGAAUAAGCUCAGAGAAUUUGGGCUUGAAACAAAGAGAAAAUACUGUUGAAGAGCUUGAAGGAAGUGGUAGAAUACUCGGUUACCGAGGUACGAGUUACGAAGUAAAGUUUAGGCAAAGUUUGGCAGGCUCCUGUUAUUCAAGGAUUUGGGAGCUUAAUUGACUCCAAAUUAUAUAAGCCAGAAAGUGAAUAUGUGAAUGUGUGUAUUGUGGAAUCAGAUAACUAGCAAAUGUAAAAUAGUUAAACCCGACGGUUUAAACCUGCUAGCUGCUACUAAAUCUGUAAAUGUGAAAUUUUCAAUGAUCUUUUGUGUUUGUUUAAUUGAGUCUCGGCCAAGGCCACUUCCGUGUGCACUGAUGUACCAGGGUUCCCAGUCUUCCGGGAGAUGUUCUCAUGUCUGAAGUGAGACAUAUGAAUGGUGAUAGUCAUAAAUAGUUUCACGUGGCAUCUCAUUUUCUUUACUUUAUAUUUAUGUUCAAAUUUAUGAAAUAUCAACUAUGAAGAUACUUUCCAUCAUGUUCAUUCUAUAUUUAUGUGCUGUAGACUCAAAGAAAAGUAAUAGAAAUGAGAGAAAAGAUAUUAUUAUUAUUAAUGAUGUCAAAUACUUCAAGAAAAUUAUGAAAACACACACAAAUCUUUUGGUAUUAUUCUCCCAGUCAGAAAGGGAAGUAUUUGAUAAGCUGAACUUGUUGGGGACAUUGGCUUACAAUAUAAAAGGGAAAGGAUCUGUUGCUUUUAUUGACUGUGGAGAGUGCUCAAAAUUGUGUAAGAAGUUCAAAAUUUCAACAAAGUAUGGCCCAGUAAUGAAACAUUACAAAAAUGGCAAAUUCAAUAAAGAUUAUGAUAGAAAAGAUACAAUUAAGUCUUUAACGAAUUUUAUGAAUGAUCCAAUGGGAGAUGUGCCCUGGGAGGAGGAACCUGGUGCUGAGACAAUACAACAUCUUGAUGGCGACAAAGAUUUUGCCAAAUUGAUCAACAAAGAAAAGAAACCAAUUUUUGUCAUGUUCUAUGCACCUUGGUGUGGAUUUUGUAAGAGGCUGAAACCUGUUUAUCAAGAAAUUGCAACUGAAAUGAGACAAUUUGUUCUCCUUGCUGGAAUGAAUGUGGACAAGGCGGAAAGCAUGAGCACUAGAGUACAAUUUAAUAUCACUGGAUUCCCAACAUUGAUUUACUUCAAGAAUGGAAAGGAGUUAUACAGAUACAAGGGAAAACAUGAAAAGGAACCUUUAAUGGAGUGGUUGCUUAGCCCUUCAGAUAAUAAUCCUGUUGACGAAGAAGGAGAAGAAUGGAAAGACAUUCCUAGUGAAGUUGUUCAUUUAACAGAUGAAACAUUUGAUGGAUAUAUUGCGUCAAAUCCUUCAGUUCUUGUCAUGUUUUAUGCUCCAUGGUGUGGUCAUUGUAAAGCUAUGAAACCUGAAUAUGUUAAUGCAGCUUAUACAUUAAGGAAUGAAAAUAUUAAUGGAACGUUGGCUGCUGUAGAUGCGACUAAGGAGACUGAUCUGGGCGAGAGAUUUAAAGUUAAAGGAUUUCCCACCGUCAAGUAUUUUAAAGGUGGAGAAUUUGCUUUUGAUAUCAAUGAACGUAAAGCAAACGCAAUAGUCGAUUUUAUGAAAGAUCCAAAAGAACCACCGCCUCCUCCACCUGCAGAACCUGAAUGGAGCGAAUUGCAAAGUGACGUCGUUCAUUUGCAAGAUGAUAAUUUUAAAGACUUUAUAAAGAAAAAGAAGCAUGUUUUGGUGAUGUUUUAUGCUCCAUGGUGUGGUCAUUGUAAGAAAGCAAAACCGGAGUUUACUGAAGCUGCAAGUCAUUUUGUUGGACAUAAAAAGAUUGCAUUUUCAGCUGUGGACUGUACAAAGGAAAUUGGGACAUGCAAAGAUCAUGAUGUCCAAGGCUAUCCAACGUUCAAAUAUUUUAACUAUGGUAAGAAUGACGACAAGUAUACUGGUGGACGAACUAAAGAAGAUUUUGUAAAGUUUGUAAAUAGUUUACAAGUUGGAUCUACUGUCAAUCGGGAGGAUCUAUGGUCUGAUGAAUCUGGUGCUGUUUACCAUUUGAAUGAUGGAAACUUUGAUGAUUUCAUUUCAAAACAUGAUUCUGUCUUGGUUAUGUUUUAUGCACCUUGGUGUAGCCAUUGCAAAGCAAUGAAACCCACAUUUAUUGAGGCAGCAAACGAAUUGAAAGCAAAGAAGAUCAACGGUGUUUUCGGAGCAGUUGAUUGUUUGAACGAACAGGAAUUGAGAUCUAAGUUUGAAAUCAAUAGUUAUCCUUCUGUGAAAUACUUCAAAAAUGGAAAGUACGUGUUUGAUUACCCGCGAUCAAGAAAGAAAGAUGAUCUAGUUGAUUUUAUGAGAAGUCCAUCUGAAACUUAUAAUCCUGCAAAGACCGUGAAGAACGAGUUACAAUGGAGUGAUGAAGAUACCCAUGUUGUUCAUUUAACUGAAAAUGAUUUUAAUGAUUACAUUGAAAGUCAUAACUCUGUUCUUGUUAUGUUUUAUGCUCCAUGGUGUGCUCAUUGUAAGAAAACAAAACCGGAAUACGAAAAUGCUGCAAAAAAGAACGUUGGUUAUAUGGCAGCCGUUGACUGCACAAAAGAAAUUGAUCUGUGUAAAACAUACGACAUAAAAGGGUAUCCUACUAUUAAAUAUUUCAAGGAAGGAGAAGAUUUGUUUAAAUACAACUUGCCAAGAACUGCUGAAAGUUUUGAUACGUUUUUAAAAAAUCCACAGGGACCUGAGCCAGAGUGGAGUUUUGUGCCUGGCAAAGUUCGCCAUUUAAACGAUGAUAAUUUUCUAGAAGUAUUAAAUUCUCAAAAAUCUGUUCUUGUGAUGUUUUACUCUCCAAGAUGUGGUUAUUGUGUAAGAAUGAAACCUGACUAUAUUGCUGCUGCACAACAACUUCAUGACGAAAAAUCCACUAUAAUACUUGCUGCAAUGGAUGCAACUAUUCAUUCAAAAUACAGUAAAGAGUAUGUAACGACUGGAUAUCCAACAAUAAAAUUCUUCAGAUAUGGCCAGUUUAUUGAAGAAUAUGAUGGAAAUAGAAGUAAAGAUGAUAUCAUAAAAUUUGUGAAACUGAAAGAUGUGAAAGAGAUUGACGACAAUGGUUCUGAGAAACUUAAUGAAUUUGCUGCUGUUAAUGUAUUGACUAAGGAUACUUUUGAAAAGGACUUAGUAAACGUUCAACAUUCUUUGGUUAUGUUUUAUGUUCCAUGGUGUGGUAAUUGUAAGAUAGCCAAACCUCAAUUUGAAGAUGCGGCGAUGAAACUUUUGAAAGAAAACAAUAAAAAGUUUGCUGCUGUUGAUUGUUCUAAAGAAACAGUUUUGUGCAGCAAAGAAGAGAUUAAUGACUAUCCAACAAUAAAAUAUUAUAACUUUGGAAAUUUCGCCAUGAAAUAUGAAAAAUCUAGAACUUCUGAAGAAUUUGAAUCUUUUUUCAAUCGUUUGCCUUCACAGCCCACCAAAGAAGAACUGUAAUUUACUUAGGAGUACUAUUUUUACAAAAUUUUGCAGGUGUUUAUCUGCAUUUUGCACAUCUGUAGAAUAAAAAUUGAGCAGAAUAAAAUUAAAUAUAUUUUAUUUAUUCGUA